CGCCUCUGCCUUCUGUGUGUUCCUAUAGCCGGAGACAUGACCUGACACCCUGAUGAGCGCUUUCAGGGCCCUGGGCUGACUAGCCAGUGCACCAUGGAACUUAAAGUAUGGGUGGAUGGAGUCCAGAGAAUUGUGUGUGGGGUCACCGAAGUCACAACGUGCCAGGAGGUCGUGAUAGCCUUGGCUCAAGCAAUAGGUCGAACUGGAAGGUAUACUCUCAUAGAGAAAUGGAGAGAUACCGAGAGACACCUGGCGCCUCACGAGAACCCCAUUAUAUCCCUGAACAAGUGGGGGCAGUACGCUAGCGAUGUCCAGCUCAUCCUGCGGCGCACCGGGCCGUCCCUCAGCGAGAGGCCCACUUCGGACAGCGUGGCUCGGGUUCCCGAGAGAACUUUGUACUGGCAGAGCUUGCCGCCCUUAGCCAAACUGAGGCCCCAGAUUGACAAGUCGAUAAAAAGGCGAGAACCCAAAAGGAAAUCGCUAACAUUCACAGGAGGUGCCAAAGGAUUAAUGGACAUUUUCGGAAAAGGCAAGGAAACGGAAUUUAAGCAAAGGGUGCUGAACAACUGCAAGACGAGUGCAGACGAGCUCAAGAAGUUGAUCUGCCUGCAGACAGAGAAGCUGCAGUCGAUCGAGAAGCAGCUGGAGUCCAACGACAUAGAAAUACGAUUCUGGGAGCAGAAAUACAGCUCCAGCCUCGAAGAGGAAAUUGUCCGCCUGGAGCAAAAGAUCAAAAGGAACGAUGUAGAAAUUGAGGAGGAGGAAUUUUGGGAAAAUGAAUUACAGAUUGAACAGGAAAACGAAAAACAGCUGAAGGAUCAGCUCCAAGAAAUACGACAGAAGAUCGCAGACUGUGAAAGCAAACUAAAGGACUACCUGGCUCAGAUCCAGACCAUGGAGAGUGGACUCGAGGCCGAGAAAUUGCAGCGGGAAGUGCAGGAAGCCCAGGUCAAUGAGGAAGAGGUCAAGGGGAAGAUCGGCAAGGUCAGGGGGGAGAUCGACAUGCAGGGGCAGCAGAGCCUGCGGCUGGAGAACGGCAUCAAGGCUGUGGAACGGUCCCUGGGACAGGCCACCAAGCGGCUGCAGGACAAAGAACAAGAACUGGAGCAGUUGACUAAAGAGCUGCGACAGGUCAACCUCCAGCAGUUUAUCCAGCAGACAGGGACAAAAGUGACCGUGUUGCCAGCUGAGCCCAUCGAAAUAGAGGCAUCCCACGCAGACAUCGACAGAGAGCCAACAUUCCAGUCUGGGUCCCUGAAGCGCCCUGGGUCCUCUCGGCAACUGCCCAGCAACCUGCGGAUUCUGCAGAGCCCUGUGUCGUCUGGCUUUAACCCUGAAGGCAUAUACGUCUAAGGACAGCUUCCUUGAGAUGAGAGACCAGCAGAGGUACCAAGGAUGGUCGGGUCCCUUCUGUGAUGUGUGCCAAUAAUGAACAGAGGACAUAAUUUCUUUUCUCUCUCUUAAACCGCAUACCACUUGGAGCCAAAUCCUGUGCACUGAUGUAAAGGACAGAGGCUGUGUCUUCACAUGCGCUGUUGCCCUCCAGCACAGCCGUCAAGCAAAGCCUUCAUUUUUAUGUGUAGCAUUUUGAGAGCCCUGGAGAAGUAUUAUUCUGUGUGUACACAUAAAUAAACUAUGACUUUUAAGAGUCAAGAGACACGGGUGACCGGCUUAGUUUAAUUUAUUCCAUUUCAUCAAUUAAGGUGUGAAUGUCCAUGUUGCAAUAUUUUGGUAUCUUGACUUUUAUCCCAUGACUUAAUUAAUGUUGAGUGUUUUGUGCUUCCAACUCUGUGUGCCCGUUGCCAGACUCCAGCCACACAUUGCUGGCUUAGGGCUGCCCACGUGUUGCGGGGUGCUCCGCCAGAAGAACCCCCUUGCCUCCGAGCCAGUGCCUCCUUAGGCAUAAUCAUCGGGAUCGCUUUUUUUUUUUUUAAAUGUGGAAUGUGACUUUUUCUCUGCAUCAGUUCCCAAAUAUGUGAGGGCUCAACAUCGCAUACCAGAAGUAUUUUUCCAUGAGGUCAACUGUAUGUGUAAAAAGGUUUGCAGUGUUUCAGAUACGGUAGAAGAAAAGGGAUGUUGUGGAGCUCGAAGCAAAGCUGGGCGUGGACUGUCCCAGUCAACAGGUGUUCUGUUCCUGCCCUGCCUUGUCGCCGUCUCGUGGGCCCUCGGAACCGACCCUCGCUUUGAAGAGAUGGACCUGUGAGGGCCAGGGCGGCGAGCCCCAGCUGAAGUCAGCGGACACCUCUCCGAAGAGCCCACUGUCUACCUGUGGACCACACGCGUAGCGUGGCUGGCUGUGACGUCUCCCCACGGACAGGGGGAAAGUAGAUUACAGUGAAGUACCCUUUACAAGGGAAGGGGAGCCAGGUUUAGCAGAUGUUUUCAUUUUUGUUGGACUUUUAACAGGACACCAAUCUCCCAUCUUCAAAUAUAUUGUUUUACUUAUGAAACCAAAAAUGAGUCGGCACGUUUCCUGUGAGCGGGUGGCGUCUUAACUCACUUCCACAAAUAAUGCUUAGACACGAGCUGUCACACAGCUCCCAGCCAUUUUCCCAUUCCCUCUGAGCAGAUUUGGUACAUGUACGAUUAAGACAUUACUCUGAAAGUUAAAGUCGUUUUUAAUUCUGGAGAAAAUACACUCUCUGCAUUCUUUCCACACAAUAAAGUAAAAGUGGGUUAAUAGAGUAAUGCCAUAGUAACAAUAAAAAGAUAUGUCUUAUGCAUGAAGGCGAUUUUGGAUGUUUUCAUAUAGUUGACUUAUUUUUGGUUUAAUGAAUGCUGAGAAUGCUGCUUUAUUUAGGUUUCCUAUGAAAAAUUUUGAGAAUGGCUGUUAAAAUAUAUAUAUAGAAGCUUCUAGAGAAUUCAAACAAUGCAGUAUUGCCUUUUCUUGUCCAGCUAAAUAGUGGACCUCAAAUGAAUAUAUUGUUUUCUCUGGGUUCUUGGAGUUACGGAAUUUAUCUUGCCAUUAUACUGCUUCACAAAUAACUUGGGAAAUAAAUGAUUCUUAUCUAAGUAACCA